AGAUUAAUCCACAAAAGAGCGGAACGAACGCUUCAAUGGCAAUUAUUUCCGGCCGAUCACUUUUCUCUACUUGUCUCUCUCUCUAGUCCUCUUACAUCCAAUUCAUUGUCUACACGUUCCUUCUUUUUUUUGUUUUGUUUUGUUUUGUUUAAUUCAAUCAUCAUCUUUCUCCUUCCUUCCUUUGAUUCUUGAUCACCCUCUCUGACAUUUCUCCUUAGAAUUUGUUUGUAUGGUUUUUUUUUUCUUUUUUCUUGAGAUGGUGAAUUGAAAAGGGUAAUGGUGGAGGAAUUAUUAGCUUCACAUUGUGGGUUUUUCUUGGUUCCUCAGGUGUUUUCUUAGAUCUGAGGUUCGAUUCUUUUUAUAAAAAAAAACUUUUGUAAUUGUCUGUGUGUGUGUGUCAUCAUCAUCAAAACGUUUUUGUGCUCCGGUCUGGGUGUGUGUUGUUAAGUUUCUGAAGAAGAAGAAGAAGAAGAAGAAGAAAAGGUGGAGACAAUGAGCGCAUCAAGGUUCAUAAAGUGCGUCACCGUUGGUGAUGGCGCUGUUGGUAAAACCUGUUUGCUGAUUUCUUAUACCAGCAACACCUUCCCCACGGAUUACGUUCCGACUGUGUUCGAUAACUUCAGUGCCAAUGUGGUUGUUAAUGGUGCCACUGUCAAUCUCGGAUUGUGGGAUACUGCAGGGCAGGAGGACUAUAACAGAUUAAGACCUUUGAGUUACCGUGGUGCUGAUGUUUUCAUUCUUGCCUUCUCCCUCAUUAGUAAGGCUAGUUAUGAGAAUGUUUCCAAGAAGUGGAUCCCAGAGUUGAAGCACUAUGCUCCUGGUGUUCCAAUCGUCCUCGUUGGAACCAAACUAGAUCUUCGAGAUGACAAACAGUUCUUUAUCGACCAUCCUGGUGCUGUCCCUAUUACCACUGUUCAGGGAGAGGAGCUGAAGAAGCUAAUUGGAGCGCCUGCUUAUAUCGAGUGCAGCUCAAAAUCACAAGAGAAUGUAAAGGGCGUGUUCGAUGCAGCGAUCAGAGUGGUCCUUCAACCUCCAAAGACAAAGAAAAAGAAGAACAAAGCACAGAAGGCCUGCUCCAUUUUGUAGUAGCUCUCUCAUCGAAGUCAAGAAGCUUUUUCAGAUGUCGAUUACAGGGGGUGGUUUAAGUAUUGCUUUUUCAAUUUUUCUUGUUGUUUUCCGUAUUCAUUUGUAGUUCCUUGACAAACGAAUUGUGGGGUUAAUUCAACUUCUUUUUUAACUAAUAGCCGAGAGGGCUAAUGUUUGUUAGUCAUUUUUAACAAAGUUCUUAUCAA